AUGGCCCCGGAGAACAGAGAGGAUGCGGCUCGUUUGGGGGCAGAGAACACGGACUUUGUCGCUGAGUCGUCGCUCCCGCAUCCGUCGUUCAUCCAGGUAGCCAAGCCGUAUGUCUUUGAGCAGACGAUCCAGGACUGUUUAGCCUCUAUCGGCAUCGAUCCCCUGCGCGAGGAGGCCUUGCGUCUUCAGGGCGUUACCUGGAUUGACAAUGUCCGCCGGGCUCUUCGUCUCCCGGUUCGUACAUAUAACACGGCCGUGGUAUAUUACCACAAAUUCCGGCUGGUCCACGCAGACAAUGAAUACAACUAUGUGGAUGCUGCUGCGGCUGCCCUGCUUACCGCCUGCAAGAUCGAGGACACGCUCAAGAAGUCCCGUGAAAUUGUUGCGGCUGCAUAUAAUGCGAAGCUGCCGCCCGGAGAACGCAUGGCGCCAGAUGACCCGGUCUUUGAGGGGCAUGCCAGAGGCAUCAUUGGCCUUGAGAGACUGAUGCUUGAAGCCUCGGGCUUUGACUUUCGCACGCGUCAUCCGCAAAACGUGCUAAUCAAGCUAGCCAAACAAUAUGGUAUCGACAAACGGGCCGAAGUGUCCAUGGUAGCGUAUCGCGUCUCACUGGAUCUUUACCGGACUUUUGCACCUCUCAAACAGACCACGGCGACUAUGGCAUUCAGCUGUCUUGAAAUAGCUGGCCGUCUUCUGAGCAAUCGUAUAGAUGCAGUUGAAUCAGGCGACGACUACAGGGACUGGAGAACCAGUCGGGAAGAGGUCAUGGGUAAGUCAUUUAAACAAUGGUCACCUAUCCAAUUCUACAGCGGUCAAGGGAGACUCCUCGCUCACUGCACUGCCCUAGAAACGCUCCUUGAUCUAUUAGAGUUGUACACUCACCACCGGACAUCCACUCUUCUCGGUCCACUAUUUCCCGCAGAAAUCUUUCUCACGGUUCGCAUCCCCUUGAACCAGGAGGCUGAAGCACAGAAUCUUCCGCGCUACAGCGUGCAAAGAUGGAACCCUGCGAUCGAGGAGACGAAAGCCAAUGGCCGGAAGAAUGACCGACCCCAGGAGACCAAGGCUGAUACCCUCGUCAACCCCCUUACCCCCGCGUCGGCAAACGGAGAAAAGCCUAAACCCGGCGAGCGAGGCCGGGACGGGACUGUGCGUUUCAUGCUUGACCCAGAACAGGCAGAGUCCGAGAAACGCAAAGCCGCCGAGUACUUCAGAGUCGAAUUCGAGGAAUACGAGGUACCGGAAUAA